AUGAAGAAAGGAGUUCUACUAACUUUUUUUCUUUGUGUUACUUUAGGUAUACGAUGGUGCUUUGAAUACGAAAACGUUGUUUUUUGCACAAAUAAUAAUGAAAGAUGUCGAGCCGACACAUCAAAUAAUAUUACUAUUAAAGAAGAUAUCCUUGUAUUAAAUACAAAAGGUAAUGUCACUGUAAAAUGUUUCCAGACAAAGUUUUUAAAAAUUGAAGUUGGAAAUUUAGUGAACCGAAUUGACCUUGUUCUUAAUAAGACUGAUGUAGAAAUUACAAACAAAGAAAUGUCAUAUGAAAAUGUUUAUAACAAGUCGAUUGUUAUUUUGCCGUUUAAGUCGUCAUCUUUAACACAAAAACACGACACGGACAAUUGUGGAAAAACAUCACAUUGUCAAGUUUGUAUUGGAUCUGGUACUGAUAUUGCUUGGUGUUCGCGAUGUCAAGAUGGAUACACGUUAAAAUUUUGCUUACUUUUGGAUGCAUAUUACUGUGAUUCAUCUGACUAUAAUCUAUGUUCUGUAGUCUGUGAACAAUAUAACAACUAUACAACUACAAUAAAUAGCAAUAAAUGUUGUGUUAACAACUGUUUAGUAGGGACAUGUUUAUCUACCAAUGUUUCGACGAGAGGGAGGUGUACUCAUUGUGAAUACAAAUAUGCAUUAAAUGGUGAAACUCCCGAAACUUCAGUAUGUAGAUUAUACAAAUAUGCUGAUGCAACCCAUUCUUGUAUAAGGAGUGAAUACACAAAUCCAGAUAUUUGCAUUGAUUGUAAUUAUCCUGGAAUGCCCAAUUCUAAUGGGGAAUGUGUUGAUUGUUCUGACAUAGUUGGAUGCCUCUUUUGCAGUCAAACGGAAUAUAAGUGUUAUAGGUGUGACGUCAAUUAUUAUCUUGAUAAUAAAAUUUGUUCCCAAUGUUCACCCACAUGUAAUGGAUGUAAUACAACAACUGGAUAUUGCACCAAAUGUCAAAUUAAUUAUGUCGUUACCGAUCCCAUAUCUCGUGUUUGUGAGAGUUGCCAAAUUUUUGAUUUUAAUUGUGUCGACUGUGAAGGUGGAGGUUCCAGAAGUUGUUAUAAUUGUAGAGAUGGGUAUUACCCCGACCCUUCCACUGGGAAGUGUAUUUCUUGUGAUUUAACAUGUGAGUCUAAUAGUUGUGAUGUACACACGGGGGUAUGUAAACAAUGUGUAAAUGAUAAAUUUGUAUUAAAGAAUAGCACUGGAAGCGUCAGUUGUGAGGCUUGCUCAGCAUUUGAUUCCAAUUGUUUUGAAUGUUCAACAACAUCGCGAAAGUGUAUCAUAUGUAUAAAAGGGUAUUACCCAUCGACUGUUUCUCCAUUCAAAUGUAUUCCAUGUGAUACAAGUUGUCAAAAUGGGUGUGACACUAUAUAUGGUAAUUGUUAUAGUUGUUCAUCUGAUCAAUAUACCAUUAAUUCAGAAACACCAACUAAAUGUCAGAAAUGUACUGACUAUGAUUCAAACUGUCUUGCCUGUUCGACAACAAGUCGUGGAUGUAUAUCAUGUACCCCUAACUCAUCAUAUUUGGAUGGAAAUAAAUGUAAAAUGUGUGAUAACACGUGUUCACGUUGUAGUAUAACUGGAAGUUGUAUAUUAUGUAAAAGUGGAUAUGUUCCUUCGAUUGAUACGACUUCGAAAGGGUGUAUUUCGUGUUCGCAAUUUGAUUCGAAGUGUAUUACAUGUGAAUUAGCAACACAACGAAAAUGCAAAAAAUGUGUUUUUGGGUAUUACCCUUCAACAGCUGGUACGUGUGUUGAAUGUGAUCCGUCAUGCAAUGGAAAUGAUAAAUGUGACCAAUUAUCUGGUCUUUGCUUCAGUUGUACAAACAAUUAUGUUGUGACAUCACCAUCAACAAUAACUUGUGUGAAUUGUUCUGUAUUUGACGAACAUUGUGAUGAUUGUGGCAACAGUGGACAACGAAUUUGCUUAAAAUGCAAAGUUGGGUAUAGAUUGGAUACAAAUAAAACGUGUGUUAGUUGUGAUUCGACGUGCCAACCCAACACAUGUGAUAUAUCAACUGGAAUAUGUCACAAUGUAUCACCAAUUAUAUUGUAA